CUAAAGUAGUAUUGACAACAUGGCGUCGCAAGAGUUCAAAAAUCUAGAUGUUACUAAAGAGGAGAUAGACAGAAUAACAAAGUCCCUAAAAGAUGAAGAGUUCCGUAAACUGUUUGUUGAAUAUGCAGAGGAGCUUUCUGACCCAGAGACACGGCGUAAAUAUGAAGCAGAGAUAGCGCAAAUGGAAUCUGAACGAGGCAUGGAUGUGCAAUUUGUGCAUCCUCAACCUGGAUACGUAAUCAAAACAACAGUUGAUGGUGAGAAAAAAGCAUUUAUCAACAUGUCAAUGAACGACUUGAUCGAUAAACCAAGGGCAGAAAAAUCUGCAACUGCUGAUGGUAAAAGAGGUCUGCAGUGGAGAAUUCCUCACAGCUUUGCCCCUCCAAGAGAAGAUGUGGAUAAAGGUGGCGCUAAAUGCACUGUGUACGAUUGUGUUUUCCACCAUGAUACGAUGCGUAUGGCAGAAUCAAAUAAUGCAUUCAAGAACAUGAUUGAAACCACAGCUCUUGAAGGUAUAGAGAAGCAGUUUGAUGUAUCGCUCGAUCGUAAAAAUGUGAGACACCCUAAAAUGAAAUUCAAAGGAGUUCCAACUGCAACUGUGAUACGGACUAAAAAGUCUGAUGCAUCAGAAAAUAAGGAGAAUGUUGCUGACAAUGGUAUAAUGAAGGACUUUCCCUACCCGUAUGAUAAUAAAACCACUGCUGAGAAAUCAAAGGAAGCUGAAGAUAAUAUCAAACAGAAAGAGAAAGCGAAAUUAGAAAAAGAAUCAAAAGUUAAGAGGGCAGCUAAGAAAGCAGAUACAACUGCAACUGAACCAAAGUAUACGAUAACUCACAGGUCCCAUUUAGAUUUCCAGGAUUUCAGAGAUGCACCUGAUGCUGGUACUUCAACACGCCCUAAUGAGCUUGUCAUCACAAUUCAGUUACCACUUCUCAAAUCAGCUGCCCCUGUGGAACUUGAUAUAUUUGAAAAACAACUGAAGUUAGAGUCAAAGGAACCAGCUGCCUAUAAACUCGAUCUACCUCUCUCAUACCCCGUUGAUGAAAAUAAUGGAUCUGCAAAGUUUGACAAGAGUAAGCGUCAUCUUGUUGUUACUCUACCAGUUCUGCCUGAGGAAACCUCAACAGUAUUAUCAGACAUACAGAAUGGCAUUACAGAUCCAACAGUACCAAAUACCAGUAAUACCAACAAUGAUGAUGACCAUCAACCAGAAAACCCCCUGAUACAGGUCCUGAGUACAGAAGAUGCAAAACAGGAGAUGAAUGCAGGGGAUGACCUUGAAAUCAAAGGCAAACCAAAUGACACCCAAACCUCUGAUGAUAAUCAGGAAGCUGCAGAUGGAAAAGACAUCUGGAGCAUGCAAGAUAUAAACCCAAACCACAAACCCAAAGUGACAUACUCUUUACCAAAAUAUUCUUUUCACCAAGAUGCUGAAGCAAUCACAAUUGUACUUAAUACCAAAAACAUUUCAGAAGACAGUAUAUCCAAGGCUUUCCCUGCGGCAUCAAAUGGAUGCAGGCUACAGUAUGUCUCAAUAGGUUCUGGAUGCUUCCCAGUGCAUUACAGUCUCAGCGUUCAGUUCCCUGCUGACUGCACCAUUGUGCCAGAAAGCACCACAAUUGAUGUCUCAGACCAGAAUGCUGUCCUCAUACUGUAUAAGACCAACAAUGGGAUAUGGGACAAGUGUCUGAUAGGCAUCAAUGAAGAGAGCUUAGAGGAGAAGCUUUUUCCAACAGUGAACAAUGUUCAGACAUCAUUGGACAACCUUGAGGCUGACCAUCCUAAAGAAGGUGAUACCAUUGAAGUCACCAACAAUGCAAACCUUGAGGUCACUGAGAUGAGCCAGGAUAAACUGACCAUUGAAAUCAAGUCUAACUCAAAUAAUAACAAGUCCAACUUGGAACAAGAAUUCAAGGUACCAUUAACACCGACCAAGAAAAAACAGCGAAAAUUCUCAGAGUCUGGCGAUGAAAUAGAAGUUGUACAUGACAAACAAUCACCACGAUUACACAGUAUCUUGAAAAAUAGGACUUGUUCUGAAUCAAGUGACGAUAUUGGUUAUGGAAAAUACAGUCGUGAGAGUAGUCUUGGAGAUGGUUUCGAGAGUCAAAGCACGAUAUCAGAAUCUGAGGGAACAGAUGGGCCUGAUACACCAACAAAAAUCAAAAAGUCGUUGUCAUUCAACGACCAUGUUGAUUCCCUUGCAUUUAAAACAAAUGCAUCAGUGUCAUCCAUGAAGACAACUUUGAAGAGUAAAAGAAGACGUCAGAAGAAAAAGGAGCAAAGACAAGCAAACCCAAGACGUCGACGCACAAGCAGCAAUGACUACAGUAGUAGUGAAGAUCAAACAAGCCCCAGAGAUGUUACCGAUAACACAGACUCUGUAGUUGUAAAUGGCAAAAAUGAUAAGCAUAAACAGUUGAAUGGGGAUAAUGAUGAGGAUUUCCUUGAAGUUGAUGAAACAAAGGAGAAUGAAAAUGACAAAGGUGUGGAAAUUGAAGUUAAAGUGAAUGAUGAAGUCAAACCAAAACCUAUCAUUACAGAUUCAAAAGAUGGAGGGACUAAAAAGUCAAAAUCAAAUAAGAAAGUUCAAAUCGUGUCUGAGAAAGCAGAUUCAGAUGAUGAUGCUGAAAAUGAUGGUGAUGUAAGCACGGGUAAAUCCUUAUGGAAGGAAACUAAUGGUCAGAAUAAUGGGCUCAAUGAACAUAAAACAAAAUGUGCCUUUGAAUUCACGAACUCUGUAAUCUAUGAUUUAGAUGAAGAUUAAUUUAAUGCUCAUAAUAAUAAGACGGGUGAACCAGUAUGGACUAAGAAACAGUACUCAUGAUUAAGAACUUGGAAUCUAUAGUUAUAGUAACGUAAUGGGUUUUGUAAAUAUAACUGUGUCAUCUGGUCUGGUAUGGGAAAAUAACCUAUUGUGUCUUUUAAGCCAACUGGCUCCAGUCCUUAAAUUAAAAUGGGCACUGCUACCAGUCUCAGAUAUUAAAAUGUAUGCCAUAAGGUAGAGGUGAAAGGCAGCUUUGGUGAGAUUUAUACACCUUUCUUAGAAAAUGUAUUUUGAAAAUGUAAAUCAACAAAUAUGCUUAUGAGUGAGGGGAAGAAAAAAGAAGUUGCAAUUUUGAAUUUGUUAACUUCAUUAUAGGGUACAAGUUAAACCUGUGUGUUACUGCCACAUGUGUUAUGUCUCUACAGUACUGUUAGGCAGCAUAAGACGAGAAU